CGGAUCGGUAGAUACCAAUCCAAAUGGUAAAUACCAUUUCCGUUUGGUUAUCCGCUUGAAUUUGAUUGAUGUUUUGUCAUUAUUAUUUUUGGUUUAUGUCAGAGUUUAUGUUUAUAUUAGAUUUAAAAUUGUGUUCGAAAUCAGGUCGGAGUUGUAUGUUGUACCCAGUUGUUUUGCGUGGCCGUUCAUCUUUACUCGGUCCAAAAUUCAAAAUGAAUGUAAUACAGAAAUUGGCUUCUUUACAAGAGAUAUCAAAAGCCCAACUUUCUGUUAUAUUUAGCUGUAACACGAACACCAAGUAUUUGAUACUUGAUCCUCGGAUCAUCAGACCAUUGGAAAGAGUAUGUGGAGUGAAAUGGUUAAAGGGGAAUGGCGUUGAGAAAAUAUUCAAACUGGAGGCUGUUGCACCUAACUUCAAUGACAAUGCGGUGUUCUACAUGAUAUUGGCAGAAACAGGAACUUUUAAGAAAGCAGUCGAUCAGAUACGUGCCCAAAUUGACAUAGAAACAUGUGUUGCUAACAAGUUCCAUAUUGUAGUUGUACCAACUUGUAUCACAACAUUUGAGGAUGAAUUAGAGAGCUUGGGGUUACUCGAUGAUAUUGUAACACUCCACUCUUUUAUUUGGAUGCCAUUAUAUUUGGAUAAUAGUAUUUUAAGUUUGGAAAUUCCAAAUAUUUUUGGAACAUUAUUUGUCUAUGAAAACUUCUACUUUCUUUCAUCACUGUCCAGAACCUUUUGGUAUUUAACUUUAGUUAUAGGCAAACCAAAAUUGUUUUUGGCUUUAGGACAAAACUCGAAAGCCUUCUUGACGCAAUAUGAACUAUUUUGCAAAGAAAAAGGAGAUAGUGAUAGAGUAUCAUCAGAUUUUGGAGCAGUGGUAGUGAUAGAUAGGAGUUCUGACUAUCCAGCAGCUUUAUUGACACCUGGUACCUAUACGGCUCUACUUAGUGAAGUUUAUACUGUCAAAACAGGUCUCUGUGAAUCGCUUUCUACUGGAAAUGAAAAAUAUGAUGAAAAAUUUAAUCCAAUCGUACAAAAACAAUCAGUCAAAUUUUGUCUAGAUAGCAGGCAAGAUACUGUCUAUGCGGAUAUUAAGAAUAGAUACUUCACUGAAGUAACAUCAGUGUUGAGCGAUUUGACAAAGCAGUUGAAGAGUGAAAAAACUAAUUCAAAAGACAUGGCUCUCGAUGAAAUGAAACAUUAUGUGAAAACUAAGUUAGGUGACGUCAAAGCAAGAAAAAAGUAUAUCACGAAUCAUUUAAUGGCGGCAGAAAGUAUAAUUAACACUCUAGGAAACAGAUAUGAAAAACAAAAGAUUGUUGAACAGAACAUCAUAAAAAAUUCAGAAAAAUCCACGAGUUUCAGCUUUUUGGAUGAAAUUUUAGUAACAGAAAAUGAUAGAUAUGUUAGCCUCAGGCUAUUUUGUUUGAUGGGGUUGUUGUAUAGGUUGAAUGAAAAUGAGAUAAGGAAAUUUUGGGCAAAGUAUUUGAACCACUUUGGCUAUAAAUGUGGUAUUGCAUUCAAUAACUUAAUCAACAUGGGAUUUAUUUCAGAUACAAGUACGACAUCCAGUUCAAACUUCCAAUCAAAGCUGAAAAUACCUUCAUUUACCUCGAGCAAUUUCUAUACACGGGCAAAAAAUUUAAAGCUUGUGCCUGCAGAUCCUGACAGCGUUAAUCUGAAACAUCCUACAUGUGCUAGUUACGUUUAUGGCGGAACGUACGCCCCUUUGAUCAGUCAAAUAGCCAGUUUAAUACUUAGUUCAACUCCACUUAGUGAAAUACAAGCCAAACUAGAAGAACUGGGUCCAUUAGAAAUCAGAAACGAUAGGGGCUAUCCAUUACAGACAAGAUCUAUUCUGAUUUGUAUGAUUGGUGGUAUCACAUAUGCUGAGAUAGCAGCAUGCAACUUAAUAGAAACACUGACCGGGGCUUCGAUUGUCGUUUUAAGUGAUAGGAUUAUAAACGGUAACGAUUUGAUGCGUGAUAUAUUAGAAUACCCAAAAUGAGACGUCGAUUAAUGCGAAUACGUAUAGGUUUGAGGUCUAACGUGCUGAAAGUGUUUGAAAAAAGGUAAAACGUUUUGUGGAAAAGGUAUCGCAAACAAAAAAUUCUUACUGCAAUACUUCACCUGUCUGUACUCUAUCUAGAGAUACAAACUAAUUGAAAUCAGCGACAUUAUCAAACGAAUGAGUAGGAAAAAAAACUACUCGGUUGACUUACGCACAAACCGGGAAUAGAAUUGGUAACUGUUUACUAACGUUUCUUUAAAAGUAUAUUUGAUUUUCAAUAAAAAAAAACUGGGCUGCGCCAGGGCCCUGUAACUGCAGUUGCGCCUUCCCAUUCCUUGUGGGUGGCAUGAUUUAUCGCAUUCCUAUGAGGUGAUAAAAUGGAAAAACCAUAGAUGAAUAAUCACUAUGUGCACUCAUGUAGAGCUCCUUUGAUUUGGACACAAUUGUCACUGCUAUUAAACCAUUCCAUCCGUUUUUGAAUAUCGCAAAUUUUAGCGUCAUUUCGAAUUACGCGCCACAGCUAUCAGCUGUCAUAGUCCGUCAUUUGAUAAGGUACGCAACGUUGGGUAGGUGGUCUGUCACUUAUGUCCUUACUCACUAAUGUCUUUAGUCAUUAGCAUCAUAUGUCAGUUAUGAUGUUCGAUUUAUGUACAAAAAUAUAGAAAAACUUAUGAAAAUACAAUGCCAUCCAUUUAUUUGCCCGACCAUCCGCUAUACUAAUGAUUAUUGCUUGAAACAAGUAGAUACACAGUCUAUUUUGUAGCUGGAAAUAUCGUCGAUAGUAUUUAUGACAGCUAGGUAGGCUAGUUGAUAAAUUAGUGUAUUUGGAAAUGAUUGCGAGGCGAAUAAUGUGUUGAUAUUUGCCAGACUCUAUCAUGUACCGGCAGCGUCUCUCUCCUAAGCAUCAUUCUGAGAUAUGCAGAUCUUCAGAUAUUGCGUCGGCUUUAUUCUGACAGUGUUUUCGGCCCAUCAGGAAAUUACUUGGAUAUGCUAUAUUUUAAGUUCUAAUCAAAGCAGGUAUGCCGUGAUAUCCACGCGUAGGAGAGGAACGCUAUCGCUAGCUAGCAGUGAAACAAUUUUACAUAUAACACGGUGGAGAAUUCUAUUAUUAUCCUCGCACAUUAAAUCUAUGCAUGUACCUCUGAUAUAAGUGCUUGGCCAUUAAUGGCAUGCUCCUCCACCAAGGUACGUAAUAUACUAUUAAAUAUGUAAUUCAGAUAUUAUAUUUAAUUUUUGUAUAGUAAUAUAGAUAUUGUUGCAUAUAUUCUUGCCUUGUAUCCUAUAUACAGGGUGACUUUGAAGUUGAAUCAUUAAUUUUCAGAUAAUGAUUGUAGAAGGAAG